UUUUUUUUUACAAAUUUUUUUUUAAAAUUUUCUUUAAGUUUACUAAAUUUAUGUGAAAAUCGUUUAUAUAAACGUAUAAUGAGAAGUCAAUGUGCUAAAAGUUGUGCUGUUUGUAGUUCUUCGGGUGAAGUAUCUGAUGCUAAUAAAAAUGAAAAGGAAGACAAAGAAAAGAAGGAAAAUAAUACAAAAGAAAAUUGUGGAAAGAAGGACCAUGACGGGCAAGUUUUUGGAUCAGAAUUAAAAAAACCCUCCAAAUUUCUGAUUUUUUAG